AUGUAUCUGCUGGCUGUGCUUGGUAACCUAAUGAUUACUACAGCUGUGUGCCUGGUGUCUCAACUUCACACACCAAUGUAUUUCUUCCUGUGCAAUCUGUCAGUUGAAGACAUUGUGUACGUCUCUACGGUUUUGCCAAAACUAUUGGUCACCACCGUCACUGAAAAUACCAGCAUUUCUAUCACAAGCUGUUUUGCACAGAUGUUUUUCUUUGCAUUAUGUGUUGUUGUAGAAUUUUUAUUACUGACUUCCAUGGCUUAUGAUCGCUAUGUGGCUAUAUGUAUUCCUCUGCAUUAUAUACUCAUUAUGAACAAAAUGGUGUGUAUCCUUUUAGCCUUUACCUCCUGGUUUAUUGGAGCGAUUAUAUCAUUAAUUUUGAUUUUGAUGGUGACUAACUUGACAUUCUGUGAUGUACAGGACAUUAACCAUUUCUUCUGUGAUUUCCAAACUGUGAUAAAGAUCUCUUGCAGUGACACCACAAACAUUAUAAUGUUUACAAGUAUUGCUGGUGUGUUAGUGGGAUGUUGUCCUUUUAUACUGAUCAUAACCUCAUAUAUGUACAUUAUAGCGACCAUCCUGAAGAUUCAGACCUCAGAUGGAAGAAGUAAGAUGUUCUCCAGCUGUUCCUCACAUCUCACGGUUGUCAUUUUAUUUUAUGGGACUUCUCUAAGUAUGAACAUGAAACCAAAGUCUGAAAAUUCACAGAAAUUAGAUAUAAUUCUUUCAUUACUGUAUAUUGCUGUAGUCCCAGUGUUAAAUCCACUAGUCUAUAGCUUAAGAAAUAGAGAGGAUAAACUGGAGGACAUUGAAAACCGGAGCAGAAGACACAAUUUAAGAAUAAGAGGUAUACUGGAAUCCAUUGCACCAGAUGUUCUUGAUGCAUAUUUACAAAGACUAUUCCAGCACCUUAAGGGUCCAACCUUCACACCUUUAAUUGCCAUGGAUAGGUUCCACAGAGCCCUAAGACCCAAACCAAAGGAAGGACAACCACCAAGAGACGUGAUAAUUCACUUCUGCGAAUACCAAGAUAAGUAA